GCCGGCCGAGCAGGCUGCGCGCGCGAGCAGUGCUGAGUCACGCCGGCCCUCGCGACAGUCGGCUCGUUCGCUGUCCCGCCCUUUGUUCGUUUGUUUGUUUCUUGUGCUUCGCCUCCCGUCGCGCGUUUGUGAGUGACGGGGUCGUGACUUCCCCGUCGUCCGAGUGCGUCUUGCCGGUCGCGUCGCCUGUUCGACCCCCAAACAACGGUUACGAUUUUUCCUCCCCCUCACGCCGUUUUUUUUUUUUUUUUUUAACUACAUUAAGAUCCAUUCCGAACUUCAAUACGAAAAACGGGUUGAAUUGAAGCCAACAUCUUUAUGAACCACGAUUCAAGUUAAUACACGGCUCAAUUUUGUACAUCCAAAUACAAAACUAAUAAGCGUUAAAAUAGUUCGCCCGGAAACAAAUGAGAACGUCGACAAAUGCCGAUAUGGCUGGAAAUAAACUUCGGUUAUCAUCACGAGAACAUUAUUUUGUGUGUGUAAAGUGUGACUGAUGGCAAGAGAAAUCACGUUUUCUCUGGUUAUCCCAAAGCUACGGUAGUAAAACGCCAUUUUUGUGACCUGUCUUUGGAAGGCUCAGCACGAGUCGCCAAAGAGGAGACACUUUGCUUCCUUGAGAAGAAGACAUGAUCCAAGUUGUGAGCUAUGGAUUCCCACGCAAGUCGAUGUGCAGCUCUACCACGCAGUGCCCGUGUCAGUCACAUUCAUCCACGGCCUUUGCGUUCCGAACAGAAAUAUAGCUCUUUGACAACCAGCUUACGAAAAUGCUACGUACUGUUGCAUUGUUUACAGGAUUCAAAGGAUUGUUGCAAGAAUUUGAGGCAAUCAAGUGCGGGUGGGCGGUGUCGCAGGAGCACUGAGGCGCGAUGCUGAGCGACGGGCGCGCCUCGCCGCCCUACAGCGACUACCACUUCAAGCCGGCGGCGCACAAGCCGGCGCCGCCCGAGGACCAGGCCUGCUGCCGCCUGCGCUGCUGCGCGCAGCUGCCGCGCAAGCAGCGCCGGCGCAGCUGCAGCUGUCCCUCGGGCGCCGCCGCGUCGCUGCUGUCGAGCCUGGGCGUGUGCGCGCUGGUGCUGGCCUACACGGCGCUGGGGGCGUUCACCUUCAUGGCCGUGGAGGGCGGGCUGAAGCAGGCCCCGCCCCCCGCCCGGCACGCGGCGCUGGGCGAGGACCUGCGCUCCAAGACGGUCGAGAAGCUGUGGAGCAUCACCGAGGACCUCAACAUCCUGUACAAGGACAACUGGACGCGCCUGGCCGCGCAGGAGGUGCUCAAGUUCCAGGACACGCUCGUCAAGAACCUCAAGGGCCACGUGAGCGGCGGCGCAGUGGUGCUGAGGAACAACGGCUUCGCGUCCGGCGGCGGGGCUGCCGUCUACUACAACCACCAGCACCACCGCUGGUCCUUCUCGUCCUCCUUCCUCUACUCGCUCACGCUCAUCACGACGAUCGGUUACGGCAGCGUGGCUCCGCGGACGCCGUGGGGGAAGAUCAUCACCAUCGUGUACGCGCUGGUCGGCAUCCCACUGAUGCUCGUCUACCUGUCGACCGUGGGCGACGUGCUGGCGCGCCACUUCCGCCGGAUGUACGGCCGGCUGUGCGGCGGCGGAGGCGGCGGCAGGAACAAAGGCGCCGCGGCCAAGCUGAAGCUGCCCCCGGCCGCCAUCUCCACCACCUCCGAGAGCUACCUCAGCUCCGGCUACCCCUCCUCGGCCUCCAAGUCGCACAACAGCGUGUCGUCGGACGGCCCGGCGCUCAAGGUGCACCACAUCCCGCGCAACAUCACCGGAGACUCCCUCAGGGACGAAGCCACCAAGCUGGACUGCGGCGGAGACAUCCUGGCUUCUUCGGCGUCUUCCUCGACCGGCCUGGAGUCCAACUCCAGGCACCACCGCCACUUGCGUCCGCACGACGAGGCCUUCUACCCGGAAGCUGUUCGCGUGCCGAUAUCAUUGUGCUUGUUGAUCAUUUUACUUUACAUAUGUGCCGGGGCGUUUCUUUUCAACAAGCUGGAAAACUGGACUUUCCUCGAAGGGUCCUACUUCUGUUUUACGAGUUUAGGUACGAUCGGGUUCGGGGACCUGAUUCCGGGACUUUAUCACAGUUAUCAGCUUCAGUACCAGCUGUCGGGUUCCGCCGAGUCGACUGCUGAGCAAGCGUCUGUAUUUGCUUCUUCGGCGUAUAUUUUGGUUGGCAUGGCUCUAAUCGCAAUGUGUUUUAACCUCGUGCAAGAUGAAGUUGUGAUCAUAGUGCGUCGUUUAGGCAGUUUCUUUGGUGUGUCUAGCUUCGCCGGGUCUAACCCUAGAGGAAAUGGAGAUGAUGAAGAUAUAGUGAUCGAUGUGAUUGAUGGGGAAGGGAUAGCGAUGGCUGUUGUUUCGUCAUCAGCAACAUCAUCCUGACAUAACGGAGAAAACUUAAAGUAUCGUGGGGGUAAAGAUCCUAUUUCAGUGAGUGGAUUGGUGGGAGCGGAGGUGUCUGGUGGGAAUGAAAAAACGCUACCGUUAAGCCAAAUAUCAAACAAAAAUUUAACGCCUACGAUGAUAACGUACUCGCAACAGCAACACAACAGUUUGCCGAGAAGAAAAGUUGACACCGCCAAAGCCUGUGACGUUAAAUGCGACAAGGUCGUAAACUCGCCUUUCAGACACGAUUCCGGGGUGUCGCUCGGAGGUAUCGGCAAUGCCGAGCCUUUGGUGGAGUAUUUUGUGCCGCGAAGCGCCAGUGAGUUCAACCUCGCCGGAGUGGUGAACGACAUGGUCGCCGCCCAGACCACGCUGUGCCCCGUGGCUAGGCCCUCCUCAGCUGCGUCGGUGUUGAAGAACCCGGCGGGACACAAGCCCGCGGCCAACUUCACUGCCAGCUCCCUCCGGCUGCGAGAGAAGAUAGUUACAUUCGAGGACGACCACGCGGUGUCUGCAGAUAAGGAGGCGAGCAGGAAGAACGCAGUCAAUGGGGGAGCUCUGGAAGAUGUGUUCAUGUGACGGUUCUGGGCAAAUGUAACACUGAUCUUUUUAGCACCUGACAUCGAAAACUUAAAUCAUGUUAAAGCAAAAUCAAUUCUUCCUUGCGAUACAUUUCAAGAAAGUCAGUGCAUGUUUUAAUGGUUUAACCAGGACUGUCUUCUUUGCAAUGUUAGCAUUACUGAGUCAGACAUUUUUACCUGCCAUUAAAUAAAAUAAUAACGUUCGAGAGAGUUUUGUAGACUUGUUUAUCAUUUAUUUCUUCUUUUACAGAGUGAGCUCUUUUGACUGAGUACUUUCUGGCGUGAACUUUUAAUGGAACACAAUGUUGAGAGAGUAAGACAGCGCUGUGUAAAGUUAUCUAUUUAUUUCAAAACUCUGUACUCUGAAUUUGAUAAAUAUGUCUGUUUAUCUCGCA